CGCCAUAAAACACCACAAGAAGAAGAAGAAGGUGACCACACGAAACAUUUUAAGAAGACACCCUGUACUCUGAUUUUAGUCUGCUGGAAAGAAGACUGCUGGGAAGCUACUGGGAUUUCUGGGAAGAGCUUUCAUCUCAGUUCAUUUACACUUGAGUGAAAUGUUACCGUCUGGUUCUCAUGACACUAAACGCCGUCAAAGACGGAUGGGUGCAAAAAAUGGUAAUGAGAGAAAUCACCUCUGCUCACUGUGUGGGAAAAGCUUCAAACGAAAAAGUACUCUCAAUGUACACAAACGGAUUCACACUGGAGAAAAACCUUAUCAGUGCACAGACUGCGGGAGGAGGUUUAAUAAUAAGAAAAGUCAUGAACUCCAUCGCCGCAUUCACACAGGAGAAAAACCGUAUCAGUGCACAGAGUGUGGGAAGAGUUUUAUACAACUAUCUGCUUUUAAAGGCCACCAGCGGGUUCACACAGGAGAGAAGCCACAUCAGUGUACAGAGUGUGGGAAGAGUUUUUCACAGCUGAAUCGUCUCAAAGUCCAUCAGCGUGUUCACACAGGAGAGAAGCCGUAUUGGUGCUCAGAGUGUGGGAGGGGUUUUUCACAGCUGAAUCGUCUCAAAGUCCACCAGCGUGUUCACACAGGAGAGAAGCCGUAUCACUGCACAGAGUGUGGGAAGAGUUUUAUACAUCAUGGGUCUUUUGAAAUCCACCAGCGCAUUCACACAGGAGAGAAGCCGUAUCAGUGCAACGAGUGUGGGAAGAGUUUUACACACAUUGGUGCUUUUAAAAUCCACCAGCGUAUACACACAGGAGAGAAGCCGUAUCAAUGCAACGAGUGUGGGAAGAGUUUUACACACAAUGGUGCUUUUAAAAUCCACCAGCGUAUUCACACAGGAGAAAAGCCGUAUCAGUGCAACGAGUGUGGGAAGAGUUUUACACGACAAGAAACUUUGAAAGUCCACCAGCACGUUCACACUGCAGAGAAGCCAUAUCAUUGCACGGAAUGUGGGCUGAGUUUUAAAUAUAGAAGCGUUUUUAAAAAGCACCAGCGCAUUCACACCGGAGAGAAGCCGUAUUACUGCACACAAUGUGGAAAGAGUUUUUCAGAACUGACUAUUCUAAAUGUCCACCAGCGUGUUCACAUGGGAGAGAAACGGUAUUGCUGCAAACAUUGUGGGAAAAGUUUUUCAGAUUGGUCGAAUUACAAAAAACACGAGCGAAUUCACACAGGAGAGAAGCCUUAUAACUGCUCCCAGUGUGGAAAGACUUUUACUCAAAAUAGUCAUCUUAAAAAACACAAACGAAUUCACACUGGAGAAAAACCUUAUCAGUGCACAGACUGCGGGAUGCGGUUUAAUAAUAAGAAAAGUCACGAACUCCAUUGCCGCAUUCACACAGGAGAAAAACCGUAUCAGUGCACAGAGUGUGGGAAGAGUUUUAUACAACUAGCUGCUUUUAAAGGCCACCAGCGGGUUCACACAGGAGAGAAGCCACAUCAGUGUACAGAGUGUGGGAGGUGUUUUUCACAGCUGAAUCGUCUCAAAGUCCAUCAGCGUAUUCACACAGGAGAGAAGCCACAUCAGUGCACAGAAUGUGGAAAGAGUUUUACAGAGCAGAGAAGUCUCAAAGCCCAUUUGCACAUUCACACAGGAGAGAAGCCGUAUCACUGCACAGAGUGUUGGAAGAGUUUUACACAUUAUGGUUCUUUUAAAAUCCACCAGCGUAUUCACACAGGAGAGAAGCCGUAUCAGUGCAACGAGUGUGGGAAGAGUUUUACACACAAUGGUGCUUUUAAAAUCCACCAGCGUAUUCACACAGGAGAGAAGCCGUAUCAGUGCAACGAGUGUGGGAAGAGUUUUACACACAAUAGUGCUUUUAAAACCCACCAGCGCAUUCACACCGGAGAAAAGCCGUAUCAGUGCAACGAGUGUGGGAAGAGUUUUACACAACAAGGAGCUUUUAAAAACCACCAGCGCGUUCACACAGGAGAGAAGCCGUAUCAAUGCAACGAGUGUGGUAAGAGUUUUACACAUAAUAGUUCUUUUAAAGCCCACCAGCACGUUCACACUGCAGAGAAGCCAUAUCAUUGCACGGAAUGUGGGCUGAGUUUUAAAUAUAGAAGCGUUUUUAAAACCCACCAGCGCAUUCACACCGGAGAGAAGCCGUAUUACUGCACACAAUGUGGAAAGAGUUUUUCAGAACUGACUAUUCUAAAUGUCCACCAGCGUGUUCACAUGGGAGAGAAACGGUAUUGCUGCAAACAUUGUGGGAAAGGUUUUUCAGAUUGGUCGAAUUACAGAAAACACGAGCGAAUUCACACAGGAGAGAAGCCUUAUAACUGCUCCCAGUGUGGAAAGACUUUUACUCGAAAUAGUCAUCUUAAAAGACAUCAGCUCACUCACACAAGAAAAGACCCCACUGUGAUCACAUAGUGGAAAAGGGUUUAAACAACAAACUAGUUUUCAAACACACCAGCACAUUCACACUGAUGGGAUUACUGAAUUAGUGAGUCUAAUUUGAUUAGUGCUAGCGAUUAUUACUGUUUAUACUUAAUAUAUCUUUGCAC